AAACUGAACCGACCGGACUUCAUCAUCACCUGAACAUGGCUGAUGACCUCUACAGCAGCACCUUCUCUGCUUCCGAAUCAGACUUCUCCUCUUCCUCCUCCUCCUCUGCCUCCUUCCUCACGCUCGAGCAAAGGGCAGCCUUUGUCUUCGUCCUCAUUCUCUUCAUCUUCUUGGGCUUGCUGAUCGUUCGCUGCUUCAGGAUCCUUCUGGACCCGUACCGCAGCAUGCCGUCCUCCACCUGGACGGACUUCAUGGAGAAAGACACCUUUGAUUACCGGAUUUCCUGACAGGCAGCCUGAGAGACAGCAACCCUGACAAACCAACGAGUGAACUGAGGUGACGAUCAUUAUGAGAUAAAGAUGGGCAAAACACAAAUGCACAUUUUCUUUUUGGAGAUUAUAUAAAUAAAACCAGAACCGCCAGCUCUUACAAGCAGAUUUUAAAGCAUUCACAACAUGGAGGUUGUUGAAUCUGUUUUGGUUCUAAAACUAAACUCCGUCUUGUUAGACCAUUAAGAUUGUAUCUCAAAGGGUUGCGACAAAAAAAAGGGCAAAUGUCACACUCAUCCAAUUUUGGGUGUUUAAUACCAAGUAACCAGUGAAGUGAGGGUGUGAUUCAUACGGUGGCCCUAAGGUGUAAAUGAACAAAAUUUGAAGAAAAGGAAUUACAUUUGAAAAAAGAC